GCUCAGAUGCAGAGAGGCAGGAGAGAGAGAGAGAGAGAGCGUGUGUGAGUGGGAGAGCACUGGACAGUACACACUCAACAUUGACAGGGGAUACAGCUCUUUCCAGAAGAUUUUGCAGAUUUUUUUCCCCCCCUCUCUUCCAUUGCACCUCUCCCCCUCCCCCUUUCCCCUUCCCCUCAUCCUCUGUCAACCCCUCUCAGCCUUUGCUUCAGGCUGCUCCUCCGGGCAUGCUACUUAAGCCAAAGUAUGGCCGCUUUCGCAACGCCUCUGUGACCUCCUCCGACGACCUGAUGCAGAGCUUAGCCAUGAGCGGCAAAGUGGUGGCCACCCCUGUGGUCCUCUCCUCCGCCCCCAGCCUGCCGCUGCCCCCCCUGCCUCCUCUGGAGUCCAUCCCUGGGUCCUCCUCCGCAGCCCCGGCCCUAGCCGAUUCCCCCUGCCUGGACGGGGAGCAGGACGCCACCACCACUUUCUGCAUGCUCAUCCCCAGGAUGCCUCAGUGGAAGUUCUCCAACACUCUGCUGAGCAGGAGCCCCUCCAACUCCAGCUCCAGCUCCAGCUCAAGCAAGGACUCCGGCAAGACUGCAGCCCCCUCAUCGCAGGGCUUGCACGGCCCCAGUGGCCCUUCGGCCCCCAGUGGUCCCGUGGCAAGUCUGGCUGCUGUUUUGAACUCCUGUGACCCUGUGUGUGUCACCCCCUGUUCCCUACAGGCCAUCAGCAGGCAGAGAUCUGCAAUGCGCUCAGCCAGUCCAGGGGGCCAUGGAGCAGGGGCUGCAGAGGGCACAGGGAGCCUUGUGGGCAACAGGACAGGGAUGAACCGCAGGACCAGGGUGGAGGGCAUGUGGCUGGGAGGGGAGGACUUCAACCAGAAGGGCAGCUUCAUCCACAAGCCCUCCCAGGGAUGGCUGCACCCAGACAAGAAUAUCACAGGCCCUGGGGCCUCCUACAUUGUCAGGUACAUGGGCUGCAUUGAGGUGUUGAAGUCGAUGCGAUCGCUGGACUUCAACACUCGGACCCAGGUGACGAGGGAGGCCAUCAACAGACUGUGUGAAGCUGUGCCUGGGAGUAAGGGGGCCUGGAGGAAGAAGAACAUUAACAAGGCCCUGCAGACCAUCAUGGGGAAGAGUAACCUGCGCUUCGCUGGUAUGGGCAUCGCUGUCAACAUCUCUAUAGAGGGCCUCAACCUGCUCAUCCCCACGACACGACAGGUGAUAGCACACCAUCCCAUGGAGUCCAUCUCCUUUGCCUCUGGGGGAGACACGGACACGCCGGAUUAUGUUGCUUAUGUGGCCAAAGAUCCAGUCAAUCAGAGAGCAUGCCAUAUCCUGGAGUGUGGUGACGGUCUCGCCCAGAAUGUCAUCAGUACCAUCGGCCAGGCCUUUGAACUGCAGUUUAAACAGUACCUCCACAGCCCUCCCAAAGCCAUCCCCACCAUGGAGAGGAACAUCAGGACAGAGGACUCGGCGUGGGGUGAUGACGAGGACUCCUCAGAGCAUGACUACUACAACAGCAUCCCAGGGAAGGAGCCUCCUGUUGGAGGAGUGGUGGACUCGAGGCUGAGGCCUUGUACGGCCUUGCUGGGCCACGUCCACAGCCAACCACAGAGCAAGGCAGCACAGAUCGGUUCUCCGGCCAGGAGAGACACGGUGUCCUACCCCUCAGGUCAGCUGUGCUACGAGCUUCACUGGGACACUGAGAACAACGGCAGCUCAGGUCUGACAUCAGAUGGGUACCUGCGGGCAGACGGCCAUCCCCCGGGAAGUAGGGACUAUGAAGAGCACCUGUAUGUGAACACCCAGAGUCUGGAGGGCCUGGAGCAGGGAGCAGAGGGCCAUAGGGGGGCCAGGGGGCCAGACAGCCCCAAGAAAGACAUAUUUGACAUGAAACCCUUUGAGGAUGCUCUGAAGAUGCACGAGGCCGGUGGUAACGGUGGGGUGUGUGUGCUGGAGGACCAGUGGCCCAGUCCGCCUCGGCGUCGUGCCCCUGUCGCCCCCACAGAGGAGCAGCUUCGGCGGGAGGCCUGGUACCAUGGCCGUAUGAGCCGCCGGGACGCUGAGAAACUGCUGGUCCGAGACGGGGACUUCCUUGUACGAGACAGUGCCACCAACCCAGGCCAGUACGUCCUGACAGGCAUGCACUGCGGUCUGCCCAAACACCUGCUACUGGUCGACCCAGAGGGAAUGCCCACUCCUCCUCGUCACUGCCAGGUACGAACCAAAGACAUGCUGUUUGAGAGUAUCAGUCACCUGAUCAGCUACCACCUGAAGAACGAGCUGCCCAUCGUGGCAGCCGAGAGCGAGCUGCACCUCAAACAGGUGGUCCGGAGGAAAGAGGGGACAGCGUUCUGGAAUGGAGUCAGAGGUGUGUCCAUAUAACCCCAGGGAGGAAGAUCUUCACUUUGUCAUAUCCCCAGAAUCAGAGCUUUCGCAGGGGUAGGAGGACACAGGCAACUCCCUCUGUCCAGGACCCAAGGGCAUGGCUGCAGUACCUGGCUGCCUCCGACAGUGCCCACAAACUUUCCACCAUCUCCACCUGAACUCUCAGUAUACAAUCAUUAAGCUAACCAAUGCCUCGGAACAGCUCAGCCAAUCACAAGGAUGGAAUGUGAGGUCACAGUCACAUACAGUAGUUGUUCCAUAGGAAAGCAUCAUUUUUGAGUGCAUGAUGAUGUUGCACCUCAUACUGAGUCUCAUACUGCUGAUGUCAUACGCAGUCCCAGAAUGAUUUGGGUUCCCCAUGUCUUUAAACGGACAAAUGUGAACAUUGUAUAUGAUAUGUGAGAAACUCCUAGCAGCAAAAUAUCACUAAAUUGUUUUAUCAGAAUGCAGUUCUUUGCUCCUCAGACAUUGGGAUGCUUUAAUGGACUUUUAUAAACUGUUCAUCUGCAGCAGUAGCACCUGCACCUUCAUGAUUUAUUCAUAUGUAAUCUCAGGACCUAAUUCUGAAGGCGUUAAAUAUCUGAUUGCAUGAAUUGAAAUAUGCUUCAGAGAUACAGUACAAGCCAGACACCAACCUUGAAAAUGUGUCUGUCCCAUCAAUAUCCACAGGAAGUCUGCAUAACACAACAUUGGGAAUAUACAGUUGGCCAAAAUA